GUGUGUGAGAGAGAGAGAGGCUGUCUUGUCGCUUCCGGCUUCAGACACACAGCGCUUUACUACGAACCCAGAGGUGUCGAGCAGCACGCAUGACAACAGAAACCCUCCAAAGAAACUAUCUAUCCCGAGAGCAAACUGUGAGGAUUUCACCUGGUCUUUACGAAGAAGUGUUUUGAAGUUUUCCUCAAGAUUUAAAUAAAAAAAAAAAAAAAAAAAAAAAAAAACGAGAGAAAAACUCUGAAGGAAGAGAGAAAGAGACAUUUUGAAAUCUUCGUCUGUGGAGGAGGAUUUCUUUCUUUUCUUUUCUUUCUUUCUCUUUUUUUUUUUUUUUGGUGAAAAGGUGAAGAAGCAGAAGAAGAAAAAAACCCACCGGCGGCUGUGUCGAAACAAGUUCGUGUAUGGAAGAAACCAAAAACACACACGAGAGGAGUCGGUAAUAAGUUGUUUUGGUUGCACGAGGAGCCGUAUCUUUGCAUGUUUUUGUGAGUGUCGAGUGUCAGACACACACACACACACACACACACACACACACACUCGGAGAAGAAACAUCCUCGGUUCAUAACUGUUGGUGUGUGUGGCUGCAUUAUUACUCACACCAAUAAAAGUGUCCCGGAGAAAGCCUUCUGGAGAGGACGGGACAGCGCUGAGCGGUGAGUGCCGAUUUUCCUGCAGUGUGGAGCUGCCGCUGCUGACUGAAUGCAGAGGAAACACUGAAAGCUGUUCUCCGGACCUCCCUGCAGCUUCAGGGGAGAUUGUCAGAUGUGUACCCAGCACUCAAAGCCCCUGGCCUGGCCGCGGGGAUGGCAGCCUCUGCCCUGAACCUGAGCGGCCUCGGAGUCAUGAACAGCAGUAAUCAGUUUCACACCCAGCCUGGUUCCUCUAGUACCACCUCUGCUGCUAGAACCAGUCCAGUUGGUCGACCUGUGCUGCCGGUUCCAGAUCGGAGCACCUACUGUCAGUUACUGGGUGGGGGAGCACUGGGUGGAGGUCUUUACAGCCCAACCAGCCCUAAGACAAGUCCUCGAACCCUGAGCCCAACCUUUGUCUUCCCGCCACCGUCCUCGCUCUCCCCCAGCCCCACCCGUCGCUCUCGCUCCCCCUCCCCUCGAAGCCCCGAGCUCCUAGGAGUCAAUGUGGGCCAGCGGGUCCGACGACUGAGCUCACCCGGCGGUGAGGAUCGAGGGGAAGGAGAAGGACAGGAGGACAGAGGAGGAGGAGGAGGAGAAACGGGAGGAGGAGAGAAACGAGAGGAGCGGCGACGCCAGGCACAGCUGCUGCAGAUACACAGAGAGCUGCAGAACGUAGAGGUCAGGGGAAAAGUUGGCAUCUUUGAGGCCCACAUUUCUGGAAUUCGUGCCCAGGUGCUUAACAGUGAGCUCCAGCGCAGCCCUCGGUCUCCAAGACGGACAACCAACCAAACCCCUUCCCAGCAAAACACAGCCCUUGAAUGCCCAAUGACCCAGCCACAAGAGAAUACAGUUCCUUCAAUUGUCCAGAAUGGAAGAGAAAGGGAGGAAGAAACAAUAGACGGAGAAAGGAGAGAAAGAGGAAAGAAUGAAGGUGAGAAGGACAUCUGUGCUACGAAAGCAAACACCGAGAACAAGACACUGAUUGGUCAAAAUGGCCGCCAUUCAGAAACAACAAUACAAAUUCCCUGUUUAGACGAACCGUUUGCCAUCCAGGGUUCCCUUGAGACAUUAAACCCAGAUGCAACAACAGACAGAGAGAGAAAAGAGGGAGAAAGGCCGAAAAAAAUGGAGGGAGAAAAGGACAGAGGGGAGGUAGAAAAACAAAUGCCGGGAGUUGAAAGAGAGACAAAAGUGAGAGACGAGAAAGAGGACAGGUCGUGUCUCGUGAUCCCUCUUCAGACAGAGGCAAACAGGUUGGAAGUUAACCCAGAAACCUUGGCUGUACCUCGGGCACAAAGCAGCGAGAGCUCCCCCUGUUUGCUGGACACAGCAGAUUAUACCUCCAACCACUCUCCCUCCAUCACUCCCUCCAUCCCUGCAGUCAUAAUAACUGACCAUGGUCUGGAAAACCAGCCUCAAUCUUCUGAAUGCUCCGGCUCAGAUCAGGGACUAUCCUGCAGCCCUAGCCCCAGCUCUAGCCCUGUCCCUGGACCAUACUCGUCAACCCGCUCCCUCAGGAAGCUGUCGUCUUCCUCUGCCUCCUCGGCCGGCUUCUCCUCAUCUUGGGAAGAGUCGGAGGAGGAUGUUUCCAGUGACACGGAGAAAGGAGAGCACCUUCUCAACCCUGCACUCAUCAGUUCUAAACAGAAAGCACACAAGUCUUGGAAGAAGAUUAAGAACAUGGUCCACUGGUCCCCGUUUGUCAUGUCCUUCAAGAAGAAAUAUCCCUGGAUACAACUGGCUGGGCACGCGGGGAGCUUCAAAGCGGGAGCAAACGGCCGCAUAUUAAAAAAACACUGUGAUUGUGAGCAACGCUGUUUGUCCCUCCUGAUGAGGGAUGUGCUGCGCCCCUACGUGCCUGGUUACCAUGGAGACGUAGAGAAGGACGGCCAGAAAUAUAACCAGAUGGAGGAUCUGCUGGCAGAGUUUGACUACCCGUGCGUGAUGGACUGUAAGAUGGGAGUGAGGACCUACCUCGAGGAAGAGCUGACCAAGGCUCGUAAGAAGCCCUCUCCAAGACCCGACAUGUAUCAGAAAAUGAUCGAGGUUGAUCCCGAGGCGCCUACGCCAGAGGAAAGCGAGCAGAAAGUGGUGACCAAACCUAGAUACAUGCAGUGGAGGGAGACCAUAAGCUCAACGGCUACCCUGGGAUUUAGGAUAGAGGGAGUCAAGAAGGAGGACGGGACGGUGAACAGAGAUUUUAAGAAAACAAAAACGAGAGAACAAGUUAGUGCAGCCUUCCACGACUUUGUCAAAGGAAAUAAAGACAUACUGAACUGUUAUUUAACAAGGCUGGAGGAAAUCAAAGACACUCUGGAGAUCUCCCCGUUCUUCAAAACCCACGAGGUGAUUGGCAGCUCCUUGUUAUUUGUUCACGACAGUAAGGGACGGGCCAAAGUCUGGAUGAUCGACUUUGGGAAAACCACACCUCUUCCUGAAGGGGAGGAACUAAACCAUCGAGCAUUGUGGGUAGAGGGCAACAGAGAAGAUGGUUACCUUUUUGGACUUGAUAGUUUGCUGGACAUCAUUUCAUCCAUGGCAAACUCUGAGACUUGAAGUCUGAGAGUUUCCUUUUAAAUCCAAGUGAACAUUUUGACACGCACUUCCAUUCAUUCUUCCUUUGUUCCUGGGAACACUUUGGACUUCCUCAAGAAUUUCUUCACAGAUGUUUAUCCUCACGUUGGAAACGACACCAUCCCAUAAAAAAUCGAUUCAUGGAUGCAACCUUUCCAUCCAAAUCCAGUGGAUCAGGAUCUCGCUCUUCCUCCUCCUUAUCCAUUUUGAUGUGAUCCUCAUUCCCUCAAGGCCAGACUGUAAUAGGCCCCUUUUCACAGCAGACAUUUUAACUUGUCAUAGCAGGAAAAACACAGAUGGCACUAAUGAUAUUAAUGAUGGCUCAGUUCCAUUAAGUCUCCCAGUAAGCAUCUGUGUGAACCAGCAUGCACAAUAUCAAUAUUAUUAGACCAGUGUUUUUUCUUUUACGACAUGUUGAAAUGUUUGUUGUGAAGAAGGUCGAUUUUACGCACAUUAUAACAGCAGGACGGCCUUUUUUUCUACAGGAAGUCUCCAGUUAAAAUAGAUUACCUAAUACAAACUGAAGGCUAAAGCUGGUGGUAUUUUAUAUUUGUGUUAUUGUAAUCAAAUCCCAUAAGAAGGCCUAAAAUAUUGUCCUGCUUAUCUGUGGUUCUCAGGCCCAACCCUAUUUGUUCCUGCUGUAAAUUUUUAGAUCACACAUAAAUAAUUUUUUAAAAACAACUAAAUGACGUUCUAAUACAGCUGGAAACUGUAGUUUUUAGCCAGCAUUACUCAAGCAGGAGGAAAUAGUGCAUUUGUUGGGGACUACUUUGAGCAGCAGAUUAUAGACGAUGAAGCUCUAUGUCACAGAGGAGGGACCAUGGCUACACAGACAAUACUUGUACAAUCAAUUCAUUGUUUGUUUUGGUCUUUUCAUGGGAUUAGUUGAUAAUAAUAAUAAAAAAUAUAUAUAUCACCAGAAUACUAUUUAAAGCCACUAGAUGUAGAAUUUCAUAAUUCAUAAAUCAUAAUUUAAAAGAUGCCGUAAUCACAUAAAAGUUGUUCAUCUAGUGACUUUAAAAAUGCAAGUUUAAAAAGCUCCAUUCGACUACACCCCAGCUCUCCUCACUUUUAUAGUUACAGUUAGUUAACAGUUAUACACUUUCAGAGUCUUGAGUCUGUUUGACCACAGCUGCAGCACAAAACACAUAAUUACAUUUCCACAGUUAGAGACUGUACAGCUGAGUGUGUUCGUACUCAUGAAUAUGAAAAUGAAAUUAUUUUAGGUGUGUUUCACAAUGGAAAACAAAACUAGCCUUUUAGCAGUUUAACCAAGUCAUACUCAGAUUAGAUACUGGGAGUUAAUUUGUGAGGUUUUCAGUGGCAGCCACUUUUGUGCCAUAAUAAUCUGGCAAUAACUGGCAAUUAUGUGGAGCUAAAUUAUACAUCUCACAAUAGUUUCAGUAUGUUAUGGAGGACGCGUAUUUAUAGUCAAUAUGGCGUCCCUAGUACUUCCCUGGCCGAACACUUAUCACCCUUAUUACACUUUGUUGGGAUUGUUCACAAUGUACAGUAAGAUUUAUUAUGUUUAAUGUAGUUUUUGUAACAUUAUUUCAGUGUACUCAAAUCCUCUGGAACACUUACAGCCAUGAACAAUCUUAUUUAAGCUAUACAGUGCCUUGACAUUACAAAGCCAAGUCAGACAACUGAAAAUAUGUUCUUACUUUUAAAUGUUUUAAUGAAAAUUUCUCUUCUUUCGUCUUAACUGUUGGUUUCUGUGCUUAGUCUUACAUUGGUGCAUGUUUAUUAUCCUCUUAAAGUUUGGGCUUAAUUUGUAUUUAAUUCUGUUUUAUUUAUAACAUUAUAUUAAGUUUUUUGUUUUUUUUUAGUUAAUGGGAUACUGUGACAUUUUGAAUUUUAGGCUGUUAUGUUGUUUUGUCUUCAAGCAUAUGUUACAGUACGAGUGCAAGUCAAACUGUGGGGCAGGUCGCUGACGUCGUGGACAUCAUUCAAACCUUUUGGAUGUAGCUAUAGAAAAAAAAAGAUUGAUGAUGUUCAGAUAACAUUUAUGUCAAGAGGGGAUGCAAACAGUCACUUAAAACUGGUUGGACAGAUAAGGGACAAAAACAGGUCUUAUAAUGUAACAGGUUCUUGAUGAACAAUAAAAACUAAACAGUGAAUUAGUUCCACUCUACCAUAUAUUUCAAAUACCAUAGCUUACAGUUGAUGUUUGCAGUGACAGUAGACAGAGAAAGAGAGUGAUUGUAACUCCAUUCAGUGCCUUCUGUAUAAAAAAAAAGUAGUCUGACAUUUUGGUUAAUAUUAGCUUUUUUGCAGAGAGUUAGACGAAAAAAAAUGACACCACUGUUAUGUCUGUACGCUAAAUAUGAAACACCCACCAUUAGCUGGUUAGCUUAGUUUAGCACAAAGACUGAAAAUAGAUAGAAACUAAACUGUCUUGAUUAAACAAACAAGAUAUAAUGUGGUAAAAAGUGAGCUGUAGCAUUGCAAGUGGACAGAUUUUGUUACCUUUGUACAGGCUAGCUGUUUCCCUCUGUUUCCAGUCUGUAUGCUAAGCUAAGCUAAGAUAACCAACUCCUGGCUUAAGCUUCAUUUUUAACUUUUAAUUUUGAAUUCAUGAAAAGAAGGGAGAUAAGUGUAUUUUCCCCAAAUGUCAAACUAUGCCUUUAACACAAACCAUCUUGGCUAUAGCUUAUGCUUUCCUAUGUGCACUUACAGUUGUUUAUUAGUUGUUUGCUGGCUUCUGUAUUUAUUUGGAUUGUUCCUUUAAAAAAGUGUGUAUUUGGUGAACAAAAAA